AUGGCGAGACACCUUGAAACCGGCAUAGUACGACGCUGUGAAGAACUGUUUUACGAUUGUGAAUGGAAAGGCGAUUCGGAGGAAUGUUGCGACUUACUGGUGCCAGUAUUCACAGAGAUGGGUUUCUGUUAUGCUUUUAAUUCCCGUCAUGCUGAAAAAACUUGGCCAUGGCAGACGCAGUCUCUACCAGAACAGUUCAUUGAGGCCUUUAUACAUGAAACAGAUGCUAAAUGGUCAUUCCUAUUCAAUUCUUAUCGUAAUGACACCACUAUUGACAUUUAUAUACAUUCAACGGAGGAAGUAGCCGGGCUCGAGCAAAGUCCUCAACAUUCGUGGGACCGUCGCGUAGAGAAAGUGUCGUUUUCUGUGAAGCAUACUUACACUACAGAAGACGCUCGCCAGCUGUCCAUCCGACAGAGACGCUGUAUAUUUGCAAACGAACAGAAAUUAGAAACGUCCACUAUAUACACGUAUUCAACGUGCAUGAGACAGUGCCGUAUGCGCAGGAGUAGGGCGUAUUGUAAAUGUGUACCACACUUUUAUCCACCUACUAAGGGCUACAGAAUGUGCACCGUGCGAGAGUUGGAGUGUAUAGCGCGAUACGCGGACGCUAUAACUGACGUCACGAGGUGUGCUUGCGAACUCGGAUGUACGCACAGCGUGUAUGAAGUGGAGAAGUUAUCCGAAAUCGAUUCAACGAAGGCACUAACUACAAAUUCUUUGGAAACUGAAUUUGUGUCAUGGCCGAUGGUGCGUUACAAGCGUGAGGUGCUCUUCGGUUGGGUUGACUUGUUAGUCUCGUUCGGGGGCAUAGCGGGUCUCUUCUUAGGGUUUUCACUGCUUUCUGGAGUAGAGUUAAUAUAUUACUUCACGUUGCGCGCGUGGUGCGCGGUAGUCCGGGAAGCGGACACACUCAAAGAAGAACGAGCUCAACGUCUUGCACAACCGAAGCCGCCCUAUAAUCUUAGUCUGGUACCGUGGUGGAAAAAACCGCCGACACCUCGCAGUGCUCGACCAAUAGUUGUGCGCUCAAGAAACGUCCAUCCUCCACAGUAUUCACCGCCUCCAGGAUAUAAUACUUACUUGCCUUAGUUUCCUAGUAUUAA